AUGAAUGAUGCCAAUACAAUUUCAACACCAAGUGAUCUAAAUCAGAAACUAUCAAUUGCCAUGAUAACAGAUAAAGAUGAAGAAAAUGCCAACAUACCAUACCAAGAAGCGGUAGGAAGUCUACUAUAUCUUGCGCAAUAUACACGGCCAGAUAUUGCAUUUGCAGUCAACGAUGUAAGUCGCUUCAAUUCAAAUUUCGGCCAAGCACACUGGACAGCAGUAAAACGAAUAAUGCGAUACCUCAAAGGUACAAUCGGCUACAAAUUGAGGUAUACAAAAAACAAUGAUGAAAUACAUGGUUUUGUAGAUUCAGAUUGGGCAUCAGAUAUUGAUAAACGCAGAUCAUGCACUGGAUAUGUGUUUAGAUUCAGUGGAGGUGCGAUAACGUGGAACUCUAAACGACAAAGUACCAUUGCAUUGUCCACAACGGAGGCGGAGUAUAUGGCUGCCACUGUAGCUGCUCAGGAGGCCAUAUGGUUAAAGCAAUUUUAUCAAGAAUAUCAGAGAUGCAAUCAACCAAUUAUGUUAUUUUGUGAUAACAAGGGAGCCAUUGAUAUUGCAAAAAAUGACAGCUACCGAGCACGUUCGAAACAUAUUGACAUCAAACAUCAUUUCAUACGUGAAAAACUGAAUGAAAAGACGAUAAGUUUGCAAUAUUUAUCAACAGACCAGAUGGUAGCUGAUAGUUUGACAAAAGCUGUACCGAAAGAAAAAAAUGACUUCUGUGCAACCGAAAUGGGUUUAUACAAAUAA